CUGGGAACAUGAGCAACCGGAUGUGCCAUUGACGCUCCCAGUGAAUGAUCGAGGCUCAGGCCCUGUCGGGACGGUGAUUGUUUGGCCAGCUUGGUUUGGCCACCUGGCAAAGACCAGGUUCUGAGAAGCAAUGGUGAUAAGGGCCUUUGUCCUGCUGGCCGUCUUUGUGGAAGCCUCUGCGAAAUCAUGCACUCCAAAUAAAGCAGAUGUCAUUCUUGUGUUUUGUUAUCCCAAAACCAUCAUCACCAAAAUCCCCGAGUGUCCCUAUGGAUGGGAAGUGCAUCAGCUGGCACUCGGGGGAGUGUGUUACAAUGGGGUCCACGAAGGCGGUUACUACCAAUUUGUAAUCCCAGAUUUGUCACCUAAAAACAAGUCCUAUUGUGGAACCCAGUCUGAGUACAAGCCCCCCAUCUACCACUUCUACAGCCACAUUGUUUCCAACGACAGCACGGUGAUUGUCAAGAACCAGCCCGUGAACUACUCCUUCUCCUGCACCUACCACUCCACAUACUUGGUGAACCAGGCUGCCUUUGACCAGAGAGUGGCCACUGUUCACGUGAAGAACGGGAGCAUGGGCACAUUUGAAAGCCAAUUGUCUCUCAACUUCUAUACUAAUGCCAAGUUCUCCAUUAAGAAAGAAGCCCCUUUUGUCCUGGAGACAUCCGAAAUCGGUUCAGAUCUGUUUGCAGGAGUAGAAGCCAAAGGGUUAAGCGUUAGGUUUAAAGUGGUUUUGAACAGUUGUUGGGCCACGCCAUCAGCGGAUUUCAUGUAUCCCUUACAGUGGCAGCUGAUCAACAAGGGCUGCCCCACGGAUGACACAAUCCUCGUGCAUGAGAACGGGAAAGAUCACAGGGCGACCUUCCAAUUCAAUGCUUUCCGGUUCCAGAACAUCCCCAAACUCUCCAAGGUUUGGUUACACUGUGAGACGUUCAUCUGUGACAGCGAGAAGCUCUUCUGCCCCGUGACUUGUGACAAACGGAAGCGCCUCCUCCGGGACCAGACAGGGGGCGUCCUAGUCGUGGAGCUGUCCCUCCGGAGCAGGGGAUUCUCGAGUCUCUAUAACUUCUCAGACAUUCUCUACCACCUCAUCGUGAUGCUGGGGAUUUGGGCCGUGUUAUAGGAGCUAGCCGGGCAGGCAGCUGCAGCUCCUCCAUCCGAGACCAUCUCCUUUGUCGAUGACAAACUCACACUCGGUGUGCUGCCAAAAGAAACAAACAGAAGACCUUGUUGUUGGGGAACAGACACUAGUGCUUUGCCAAAUAUGUGUUCCAAUGAUUUUUUUGAAUUUCAGUGAUUGUUUUUCUUGGGUGCCCCACUUCCCCUUGUCACUUCCUGUGGCUCUUAGAUCCUGCAGUCCCUCCCUGCGGCUGUUGGAGGAGUCUUCUUUCUCCAAACUCAAGGCAGGGCUGCGCUGGACUCCUUUGAAAGCUCUUCUAAUUUUAAAAGACUAGCACACCCAACCAAGUGCAGCUGAGCAUUUUGAGGAGAAUGUAGGGCAUAACCACGAAGCCAGUGCUAAAUACAGAAUGCACAGGAAUAGCCGACUCUGCCGAAGGGACGUUUGUCACUGGUGCCAUGCAAUUCUCAUCUGAGGACCACAGCUGAGGCACCAGGCAGGGGUUCCAACCUUUCCAACAAUGAUGUGGGAAUCAGUGUGGAAUAUAAUAGUUUUGCUCAAAUCUGAGUCCUAGAAAGGAAAACAGGGCUAACCCAAUUUAUGUUAUUAUAGGGUUUCUUAAAUACGUAUAAACAUUACAUAGGUAUAAACUCCUUAUUUUAUUGUUCAUACAUAGUUCUAAAAUCAAAAGAAAAUUACAAAUUAAAUAGGAAUGAAGUGCAAAAGGAAUAAAACUCACAUUGACAUUAAUUUAACAUCAUUAUAUAGCUUUGCCUAAAUGAAACUGCUGCUUGCAACAUGGCUGCAGAGUGACUGCCAUGACAGGUCCUCGGAAGCCUGUCAACCCCAUUCUAUCAUAGGCCUGGCAAUGCCCAAUGCUCUCACUAGUUUUUUCUAUUUGCUCCACUAAGAAAUAUUCAUUUGUACAAAUGGUCUGCUUUCAUUUAGCCUUUACUUCGACAUUCAAAACCAUAUCUGUUUUUGUCCUUGUGAACUUAUGAUCAUUAGAGCAGAACCAACAAGAAAUCAGAAACACAAUUGUAAAAUAUGGCCAGUGAAAUCACGUGGUGCCACACCCUAAUAACACUGCCGCCCCAGUGACCCAGACUACGUUGAUGUUAGCAACGUACAUGGUCAACUAAACAGAAACUGAAUAAACCAAUCCUGGUCGAAAAUUGACAGAUCCCUGAGAAUGCACCGUGGACUCCAGUUUGAGAGUAGGCGCUGGAGUGAGAUGGGAAAAGCCAGAGCUUUGAGUUCCUUUCUCAGUCUUGUACAGUCCUACGUAGUGGGCUUAUAAUUUGAAAACACAUCAGUUUGUAUUUCUGUGUUUUAUGUAUUUGAGAAGUUUUGAGAUCUGUAGCUUGAUGGUUCUUUUUACAAGUGUGUUAAGAAACUCAGAUAUGUUCUCAAAUGUCUGGAGGCCUGAAGUGCAUGUUUGCUUAGCAAUAGGCUAGAUUAAAAGGACUCAAUGUACUCUGAACUGGUCUCGAAGUUGGUCUCCAAUAGGUUUGGCAUCUCUUCUUCCUGUAAAUUUAGAAUUUUUGUAGUCAGGAAAGACAGAAGACAUUUGACUGGUUCUAGUUAAAAACUCUUAAAUAGUAUACUCGUAGCCAUAAUCAAAACCCCUGGCUGUCAGAGUAGUCUUGCUUUAGUUUAUCAUAAUGUUUAAUGAUCUUGUAUCUCUACCUGGUGCUAUGGAAUAAAUAAAAUGCCUUAUAAUAAAUACGCGAUGACUAAGCUUACAGUGUUAAUAUAUCAUGUUGACUAGGCAAUUCCUCAACCCUCCCAAUGGCUUUGACAACUAGAGCUUCAUACGAGUAGACUCCCAUGUAUACCACAAACAGUCCACCAUUCUAUCCUAUAUUUACAAUUCAAAAAUUCCAGGAUUGGGUUUCUGAUGCAAGGAGGUAAGGCCAUUUCAUAUGAUUAACAUUUGGGGGGGGGGUCUUUUUGGUCCUCCCUGUCUCUAAAGCCCUAAUGUCUACCAUCAGCAACUGGAUGUGUUUUGACUUCAAGUCGACUAACAGCCCCAUGAUGUGCGGUUGCCCUUCAUGUCUCCUCUGUUAAGGAGCUCAGAGAAAGCGCUCUCAAAACAGUCUCUCCUGCAAAUUCCCAUGAGUGCUAAACACAAAAGAGACAUUUAGAGAAGGAGAAAAGAGUACAUUCUCCCUUAGGUAUCCUUGGUGGACAUAGAAAAAUCACUGGAUAUAGAUAUUAGGUAAAUGUUCCUAUCAAAAUUCUUGGUUAUCAUCCCUAAAGACUCUCUCAAACCUUGAGUAGUAUAAAAAUAUGUACAUUAUGUAUAUAUACGUAUAUUUAGACAUGCAUAUAUUCAUACACAUAUAU